UAUAUAUGUAUAUGCUGAUAUAUAAGUAUCGUCUUAAAAAGUAUAAAACAACAUUUGGUAUUAGUAAAGACAUUAUUAUGUGUUCACAUUUUUGAAAAUGCUGAAGCCUCUGUAAUGAGUAAACAAUCCAAUUUAUACUUUGCUCUUGUAAUUUUCUUUGACUUUAAAGGAAAGAUAGAAAAAGAUCCGGUAAACAUUCCUGAAUGGCAAACUUAUUAUAUUUCAUACGGUCCGUAAGACUAUUGUUAAUGCAAACAAUUUUCUCCAAUAAUUUCCUAUUGACAAGAUCAGGUUUGAUCAUUAUAUUCAUUGCGAUCAACCUCACGUUUAUAUAUUUAUUAUAUCUUUUACCAACAUUUUUAUACUGGGGGUUCUUCGCUCAUUCCAGUUCACGUAAAUAUACCGCCUUCCAGUAUGAAUUUAUUUACAUUUUUUGUGUAAAGUCGGAAGGAGUUUGUGUUCGUGCUUUUUUUUCAAAAAAAAUUUUUAAAAAAUAAUUUCAAGUUUUAAAAAAACAUUAAAUUUAGUUAAAUGUAAAAAAAAAUGAUGUGCAAAGUAUUGUGUAAAUCGUGUUGAGCCACAAAUAAUAAAGACAACUAAAUAAAUAAAAUGAAAUAAACGCACACAGACGCUGGCCAAAAAAAGAAGGCGCAUACAGUAGCAACAGCAGAAACAUAAAGGCAAAGCCCAACAAGAUAGUAGAAGAAAAAAAAAAACGUUAAAACGAAUGAAGUAAAAAGUUUAAAUACAAAAAUUUUCAAUUAAUUAUCAGAUAAAGCUAAAUAAAUAGUAAGAAGGCAGAUUCGAAAGAGAAAAAAAUUUCUUAUAAAAAAAAAAUCAUGUGAAAAAUCGAUUGGAAAUCUGACAUACAUACAGAAAAACAGAAUUUGUCACUUUCCAAUGUGGAACAAGCUGUCAUUGGAAUAAUGCCACACACAUUUAUAUAUGCAUAUACAUAUUCAAUAUUAAACAAAAAUUAAGAAGAAGAAGAAUCAGCUUCAUAGCAGUGCUGUACAAUCUCAUUGGACGUGUAAUGUCAAAAUUCUGACAAGAAAGCGCAAUUUUUUUAACAUUGUUGUAGUUGUACGUAGUAGUAGUCGAAGAAGUGACAUCAGUGAGUGUGAAGGCAAACAAAAAAAAAAAAAAAAACUAAACGAACCUCUCAUCCAUAAAAUAGCAGCAAAUCUCAAUAUUUAAGGAAAAAGAUAUACUGACGUUGUUGCUUUUCACGCGUUUUCCCCCAUUUUCUUUGGUGUUUUUUUUUUUUUUUUUUAAUUUUUUGUUUUAUUUUUGCCUUUGCUCACACAUUUACAUAAAUACGCAGAAAUUAUGAAAACGAAUUUUUGUAGAAUCGGCAAAGGACUUAAGUGACGGUGAUUAGCUAUAAGUAACAAAAGAACAUUUUAAUUUCUUCUCUAUCUUCAAUGUGGCAUAAAAAGAGUAAACCAACAAGUUCUGCUCUCGCCUUUGAAUUGCAAUCAAGCUCAUUGUCGUCGCAAUUUGUUGUUCCAUAUUCAUAUCAUUACAAGUGUUCCUGAGAGUGAGUGUGGGGUGGUGUAGGAAAUAAUGGCAUCUGGUCCCAAUGGGAUAAAAUUAGAGCCGAGUCUUGACCAGCAGCACCUGCAACAACAACAUCAGCAACAGCAUCAUCAACAGUAUGCCACCAAUCUUUUGGCACUGAAUGGCCCUAAUGCCCGUUUGCUAAUCGAUCAUCCCUCCACAUUGCUGGUACCGUUGUCCCAUCAUCAGCAACAGUUACAGCAGCAGUUGCAACAACAACAUCAACAGCAGCAACAACAACAACAACAGCUUCAGCAACAUCAUUUGCAACAACAACAACUGCAACAACAUUUAGCAUCACAACAGCAGCAACAGCAAGAGCAAUUACAAUUGCAACAACAGCACCAGCAGCAAUUGCAAUUGGCUGCCGUCUAUCCACAACCGUUAUCCCUUAAGCAGCCACCACUGCCCACACCGACCGGCACGAAUACAGCAGCUACACAAAACACUACUAAUUUAGGCCCAGCGUCUGUGACUUCAUCCACCUCGUCAGCCGCGGCACGUCACCGGUGGAACGAAAGCCCCGAAGCACGAGCACGCCGGCUGGCACGUAAUGCUGAGAGGAUGCGCGAGAGACGUAGUCGUGAAACCGAGGACGAAUAUCGUAAGCGUUUGGCGCGCAAUGCUGAAGCCAAUCGCUUGCGCCGCCAAAACGAAAACGAAAUGGAACGAGCCAUGCGUUUGGUACGCAAUGCGGCACGACAACGUCUGCGUCGCGCCAUGGAAUCCCCAGAGCAGCGAUCUAAACGUCUACAAAAGUUAGCUGAACGAAUGCGCAUGUACCGCGCCAACGAGUCACCAGAGCAGCGCAAAUCUCGCUUAGCCGAGAUGGCGGCCCGAGCACGUCAGCGCAUUGCCAACGAGUCGCCCGAGCAGCGCAAGGAACGCCUGAAAAAACUGAAUGAAUAUGCGAAAAAGGUCAGAGAAAAGAAAAAAAUAUUAAAACAAGCGGGCGCGGCGCAGACAACGAAUUCACAGAAUUCGAAUAAUACGCAAAGCGCUGCGGCUAUUUGUAAUAAUAACGAGAAUUUAAAUUUAAAUCAUCAGGCAGCUCCCGCAGGCACGUCGGCCUCCACCCCCGGAUCCAGCGAUGACCUGGCCCAGCAGCAACAACGCCAACAGGACGACCAGCAGCAGCAGCAGCACCAACUCACAGCAUCAUAUCAACAGGCUGCUGCAUUAGCAGCCAAUCCCAUAGAAUACUAUCAAAAUAUGUUCAUCAAUCCGGGCACCCUCCGACCGGGCAGCACAUUGCUCAAACAGGAGCCGCUUAGUACGCAACAGCAGUCUCAACAACAAAACAAUCUUGCUUCCCAGAAUCGUUUCGCACCUACUCACCAACAGCAAGCAGCCGGCACGCAGCACAGUUUACUGGAUGCAGAAGCAACAAAUAUCUUUCAACAACAACUAUACGAUGAGGCCACACAAAAGGCGGUGGCAUCGGGCAAACUAGCCCAAACAGCAGCAAAUGUUCCUCACUUCAGCACAAUCGCUAGUUCGCUGGAAUUAUAUCAGCAGAAUAAGCACAUCAAAAAACAAGAAGAACUGCAACAGGCAACUGGCGGCGGCAAUACGGCAAGCAAUAACAGUAACAACAGCGGGUCUGUUGGCGUAACCGCUGGCAUUCAAAACGAGAAAAGCGAAAGCCAGAAAGUUAAAUCAGCACAUCCACAAAUACAAAAUCCACCCACACCGCUGUAUAAUCAAUUCUCAUAUUUGGCCACAUUUCCGGCGGCGGCAGCAGCCGCGAACUCCUCGGUGGCGGCGACGGUUACUACGCCUCCUAACACGCCCACACAAACAGCUGCCUACUAUCCCAUGUAUCAUAAUGGCUUUCAAUUAGGCAUAGCUCCGAAUACGGUGCCGCCACCAUUUACGCCCGUGCACUUCUCUACAGCCUCAAACACGGUGGGAGCGGGAUCGACGCAAUCACAAUCGGCAGCAGCUGCAACAGCUGCCGGUCAACAACAACAGCAGCAGCAGGUCAUACAGGAUUUUCCAAAAGCGGUCCGCGGUCGCCCUAGAAAAGUGAUCUUUAAUAAUAAAGAUGCAUCGCAGGCCGAUGUAUUGCAACAGCAGGAGCAUCAACAAAAAAUGAGCGCUCUGCUCGAACAAGAGAUCAAUCAAAUGCUAGCCUCACCCCAUCUGGCCCAGCGCCGCGGACGUAGUCAACAACAACAACAACAGUUCCAGCAGUUUCAGUUACAACAACAACAACAGCAGCAACAACAACAACAACAACAGCAACAGCAAAUGCAAACAUCUGAACAGCAACAUCAACAACAUUCCUCAAUUAGCAAUUCAAGUAUACGCAGCAACAGCCGUAGUGGACAACAUAGAUAUGAAACGGACGAUGAGAAACGUAGACGUUUAGAUAAAAUGGCCGCGCAUCAGAGGGCAAUGCGAGCUAAUGAAACGCCUGAGCAGAGAGCUGUACGUCUCGCGAAAUUAAGCGAACGAGCCAAACAAAAGCGGGCCGAAAUACGUGCAACCGAAACCGCUGAAGAGAGAAAAAUACGCCUAUCUAAGCAAGCUGAAUAUGCACGCAUGCGCCGCUUAAGAACACAUUCAUAUAAUCGCCUCAAAAUUGAAGAUGCUUCAACACCGCCCACCGGCCUCUACGAUCAAACAACGAUGAACACAUCAAACGGCUACGAGAAUAAAUCAACUGUAGCCGCCGAUCUUAAUAGCGCUGGUAGUUUAAGUAUUAGCAGCGGCGGUAGCAUGUCCCAGGAAAGUGCCUCCGCUACAAGCGAACAACAAAGGCAGCAACAACAACAGCAGCAGCAACAAAUGAUGUUCGCCACUGGCAACAAUAAUCAUCAAGUAACAAAUCAUACGAACGGAGCAUUUCACAAAGGCAAAGAGUAUAAUACAAAUCAGCAGGAAAACAAUGAUAUGCUAAAAAUCCUAGAACCUAUAAUAGUUAUGAAAACAAAAUAAACACAUCAAUAGAGAAAAAAAAAAAAAAACAAAACAAAACAAAAAAAAUAAAAUGAAAAAAAGAAAAGAAAAAAGUAUAAGAGGAGCAUAAAGGACGUUUGCUUGCAAAGAAUUUUGUAUUGUUUUCUCGUUAACACAUUGACCAUAUAUAUAUAUAUAUAUGUAU